AUGAAGUCUCCUUUCGAGGACCUCCUCAUCCACGGUGAUAGCGUAUACGACGUCAUAGACAAACAAGACCAGCAAGCUGUCAGAACAGAGCUAUCAAGGGCGCCAGCGGACGGUGAAGACCGCGUGUUCCUCUGUAGAAUGAACGUCGCCAGGAACGCUCGAAGACAGAUGCGAUUCGGUGAUCAAAAGAAAUGUGUAAACCGACGUACACGUAGGAAAAGACUAACGAAAAUAGAGCAGGUUAAAAUGUAUGUGAGGAGCGAUGCGAAGAUAUAG